UCAUUCGGGUAUUUAAAUUCACAGCUCAUGAUGAUAUACAAGAAACCCUUUGUAGGCCUAUGCCAUCGCAUAUACAUGCAUAUGUAGGACAUAUGGCACAGAAAGCGUAAUAAAAUACGUAUUACACAUAAAAAACGCAUGGAGGGCGUGUAGACAUCUUAUCUAGGCCUAUGUCAUUAAGUCAUUCUUUAAUUGCUGUGUAGCCUAUAUAUGUAUACAUGUCUCUAUAGACCUAGAUGUGCAUUCUAUUUGUCACAUUCUGUCUGCAGUUCCGGUUGAUUGCGAAGUCGGUCAAGAUCCGCACAAAAUUCAUCGAUACUGGGCCUUGUGGCGUGAUCCAUGCACGAGUGCUCGUUCUUGACUUGUUCACACUUCUACACAAGAUGGCCGCAAAAGGGUUGCAGAUUUUCAGAAGAUCAAACUGUAAUGGCUUGUUGAGAAGCUUCUCCAUAUCCCUGAGGUUCCAGUCUACUGCACCAGUGUCUUCGUUCAGGUAUGAUGACCUUCAGGUGACCUUGACCUCUAACCCUCAGCCGAAGCCAGACUCAAACAAACUGGUAUUUGGUCAUCACUUCACUGACCACAUGCUGGAGAUCGAAUGGCAGAAGGACAAGGGAUGGGGGCGACCUGUGAUCAGCCCAGUACACGACCUUCAACUACACCCGGCCUCCAAAGUUCUCCACUAUGCUACAGAGCUGUUUGAGGGCAUGAAAGCGUACCGAUGUGUCGAUAACAAAGUUCGACUGUUUCGACCCAUGGAGAAUAUGCGGCGGAUGCAAGGAACAGCGAAACGUACCUGUUUACCGGCUUUUGAUGAGGAAGAGAUGCUGAAGUGUUUGAAGAAGUUGGUGAGCAUUGAUCAGGAAUGGGUCCCAUAUUCUGACAGCUGCAGUCUCUACAUCCGACCUACCUUCAUUGGAACUGAGCCAUCUUUGGGUGUGCUGAUGUCAAACCGUGCCCUGCUGUAUGUGUUACUGGGACCAGUAGGACCUUACUUCCCAACUGGGAUGAAGCCUGUCACCUUGCUGGCUGACCCUAGGCAUGUGCGGGCCUGGCCUGGGGGGAGUGGACAAUACAAAAUGGGAUCUAACUAUGCCCCGACAAUAGCGAUACAGAAGGAGGCCAUAGAGCAGGGAUGUCAGCAGGUACUGUGGCUGUAUGGAGAGGACCAGCAGCUGACAGAAGUGGGAACUAUGAACAUCAUGAUGUACUGGAUCAACGACGAAGGCGAAAAUGAACUAAUCACGCCUCCUCUCAGUGGUAUUAUUCUUCCUGGCGUGACGAGGAAGAGUCUCCUAGAAUUGACGAGAGAAUGGGGAGAAAUCAAGGUCACAGAGAAAACCUUCACAAUGAAGACACUGAUCAAGGCACUUAACGAAAACAGAGUGAAGGAGCUGUUUGGAGCUGGCACAGCCUGUGUUGUUUGUCCUGUAGAAAAGAUACUACAUGAGGGGAAGAUGUUGGAAAUCCCCACCAUGUCAGAAGGGGCUCCCCUUACCAACAGACUCUACAAGGCAUUACUGGACAUUCAGUACGGACGUGUGGCGAGUCCCUGGAUGGAGGAUGUUGAUCAGCCAUCUUCUGAAGGUGUCGAGAAGAUUGCAAGAAAACUUUGAAUCAAAAGUCACCAUGAUGACCCUACCUGUAAUGAGUACACAGUGCACCAACAACUCUCUGAUCACCACAUGCCGAGGUGACAUUUACGUACCUGUAAUUUUCACUCAUGAUUGUUCACAGAUCAUGUCUUCUCCAGACUUAAGUUCUUGUCAUUGCUGUGUUCUUGUUGACUGUUGGAAAACAUAAUCAAUAGCUGCAUUUAUCAGCAUACAAACAAGCCUGGGAAUGAUUUUUAAGUUUUUGCAGGACAUGAUGGCAAAUCCUCCAGCUAUUCACUUCAACUUACCAUGUUGUUUGCAUGGCAAUUUUGUCCUAUAGUAAACAGUUGGCAAUAUGUGAUCACCACGUGACAAGUUGAUAUUUGUUAACAAUGGCAAUAUAGGGUUGAAACACUGGCAGGUAAUUGUGAACACUAGUGAAAUAGGAUUGCUAUAUUGUCAGGUGAUACAGUAAUUGUUAGAUGAUUGUUAAUGUAAGACUGUCAUAUUGCUAGAUGAGAAUUUUAGCUCCGAUAACAAAGGACCACUAAACUGUCAAACAAUCAUUGUUAACACUGUGAUGUAAGAUUCCACAUUGCCUGUUGAUAAAUAUCAACACCAGUGAUGUAGGAUUUCAGAUUGCCUGUUGAUAAAUAUUAACACCAGUGAUGUAGGAUUCCACAUUGCCUGUUCAUAAAUAUUAGCACCAGUGAUGUAGGAUUCCACAUUGCCUGUUGAUAAAUAUCAACACGAGUGAUGUAGGAUUCCACAUUGCAUGUUGAUAAAUAUCAACACCAGUGAUGUAGGAUUUCACAUUGCCUGUUGAUAAAUAUUAACACCAGUGAUGUAGGAUUCCACAUUGCCUGUUGAUAAAUAUUAACACCAGUGAUGUAGGAUUUCACAUUGCCUGUUGAUAAAUAUUAACACCAGUGAUGUAGGAUUUCACAUUGCCUGUUGAUAAAUAUUAACACCAGUGAUGUAGGAUUUCACAUUGCCUGUUGAUAAAUAUCAACACCAGUGAUGUACGAUUGCCAUAUUGUUAGAUGAUAAUUUGUUAAUGCUUAUGAUAUAGCAUUUUAAAAUUCCUAGAUGAUGAUUAUUACCAAUGGUGAUGUAAGAUUAUCACAUUGUCAGAUAAUAAGAUAUGUACAUGAUUAUGUAAUCAUGUGAUCCAGAUAAUUAUUGUAAUGAAUUAAGUUACAGGAGAAAUCUCAUUUUGUCCACAACAGAACAUCUAGAUAUUAUUUAUCUACCUAUAAGAUAAUACUUACUUUCUGCCAGGUAAAAAUCUUAUAUUUUUAUUAAUCUUAGGUGAUAUAUUGCAAUUAUUCCCACGUGUCCAUGAAACAUUUAUUAGUACAAUUUUUUAUCCUAAAAAGUUUAUUGAUUUAAUUGUUGUGAUGAAAUAGGUCCAUUUUUCUCAAGGUCAAUGAUUCUGUUGAUUUCUGCAUAUCACUGUGAACAAACUUAUGGUGCACAUGUAUAUGGAGUAAGUUGUAACUCUUUUAUCAAAGAAGGUACUCAAUGACAUGAUUUCAUGAUGCACAUUUAAUUGUAAACUUUUGUUGUUGUAAGCAUUAACAGGUUCACAUAGUUUACAACAAGAAAGGAAAAUGCAAAUCAGUCUGUCAAAAUUAUAAUUCUGUAGUCAAAAUGGUAUUUUAUGUUGUUCAUAAGUUUGUGUGAAUCAGAGAAUCUAAAUUUACUAUAUGGCCAGGUUGAAAAUCGUGCAAGGUUGAAUUACUUAACAUAAUGACUGCUGGAGCUUUGUUCAAAAGGUGUUGUGUGAUAACUUUAUAUAUAGCUCAGUAGUAUUUACAUAGAUGACAUACAUGAUGGAAGAAUUAAUAACUCAGA